CCCUCGAACCACUCUCUCUUUUGCUUUUUUCCGACUUCACUCCAUCUCUAGAUCCAUCCCCAAUUCAAAUCGUAAGGUAAAUUUCUCAUCUUUUUACAGAUCAGAUCCAUUCUGCAUCUGGGUUUCCAUUUUCUUGAUGGGGUUUUUUGAGAUUUUGCUUUUGAUUUCAUGUUCGUUUCUUGAAAUUGUUCAUGGGUAUUAUCUUCCCGGAAGUUUCCCCCAUAAAUACGACGUCGGUGAUCGAUUAACCGUAAAAGUCAAUUCAUUGACCUCCAUAGAUACAGAAAUCCCAUAUGGGUAUUACACCUUACCCUUCUGUAGACCUAUUGAAGGCAUUAAAGAUAGUGCUGAGAACAUUGGGGAGCUUUUAAUGGGAGAUCGAAUCGAAAAUUCUCCAUAUCGGUUUAAGAUGUUCAAGAACGAAACCCAGAUAGUUUUAUGCAAAUCCAAUCCCUUAACAGCUGAUGAAUUCAAGACUUUAAAAGAAAGAAUUGAUGAAAUGUAUCAAGUUAACUUGAAUCUUGAUAACCUUCCUGCAAUUAGGUACACUAAAAAAGAUGAAUACUUUCUUAGGUGGACUGGUUAUCCUGUUGGAAUUAAGGUUAAAGAUGUUUAUUAUGUCUUUAACCAUUUGAAGUUUACGGUUUUGGUUCAUAAGUAUGAGCACAACAACGUUGUUGGUGUGAUUGGGACCGGAGAUGGGGCCGAAUUGAUCACCCAUGGCAAUGAAACGAAUAACGAAGGUUAUAUGGUGGUUGGGUUCGAGGUUCAACCGUGUAGCGUGAACCAUGAUAUCAGUCUACUCAAGUACGCUCAACCGUACUCAAAAUACCCCAAAGAGAUCAAAUGUGAUCCUCUUUCAGUGGCUAUGGCUGUAAAAGAAGGUCGAUAUGUGACGUAUAGUUAUGAGGUUUCGUUUGUUUUGAGCGAUAUAAAGUGGCCUUCGAGAUGGGAUGCAUAUUUGAAGAUGGAAGGUGCGAAAGUUCACUGGUUUUCGAUAUUGAAUUCGUUAAUGGUGAUCACUUUUCUUGCCGGUGUGGUUCUUGUUAUAUUCUUGAGGACGAUUCGUAGAGAUUUGGCUCGUUAUGAGGAGUUAGACGAGGCUCAGAAUCAAAUGAACGAAGAAUUAUCGGGGUGGAAGCUUGUUGUUGCUGAUGUUUUCCGAGCUCCAAAUCAUCCCGCGCUUUUGUGUGUUAUGGUGGCGGAUGGUUGUCGAAUCCUUGGAAUGGCGGUCGCUACUAUAUUCUUCGCUGCUAUCGGAUUUAUGUCUCCGGCUUCGCGUGGGGCCCUCAUUUCAGGCAUGCUUAUGUUUUAUCUGCUAUUGGGAGUUCUUGCUGGUUAUGUUGCUGUUUGGUUACAAAGGACACUUGACGCUGGGAACCCUCGACGAUGGUUUUCCGCGGCAUCAAGAGUCGCGUGUUUCUUCCCGGGUAUCUCGUUCCUGAUACUAACAAUACUAAAUUCACUUUUGUGGGCGAGUCAAAGCACGGGCGCCAUUCCCUUUACAACGUUCAUCGUUCUAAUCUUACUCUGGUUUUGCAUAUCGGUGCCCUUGACAUUAAUCGGUGGGUUUGCUGCCACAAAAGCUCGGUAUCUCGAGUACCCUGUUCGCACAAACCAAAUCCCUCGUGAAAUUCCCACUCCAAGAUUCCCUUCGUGGCUUUUGGUUCUAGGAGCCGGGACGCUCCCAUUUGGAACUCUCUUCAUCGAGCUAUUCUUUAUCAUGUCCAGCAUUUGGCUCGGCCGUGUUUACUAUGUUUUCGGGUUUCUUUUGGUCGUCCUUAUUUUACUCGUGAUGGUUUGUGCCGAAGUAUCGCUUGUUCUCACUUACAUGCACCUUUGUGUCGAGGAUUGGAAAUGGUGGUGGAAAUCGUUUUUCGCUUCUGGUUCUGUUGCGUUAUAUAUCUUUUUGUAUUCAAUUAACUAUCUUGUUUUCGAUCUCAAGAGCUUAAGUGGGCCCGUGUCUGCGAUACUCUACUUGGGUUAUUGUCUAUUCAUGGUGUUGGCCAUUAUGCUCGCCACGGGAGCUGUUGGGUUCUUGACAUCAUUGUUUUUUGUUCAUCGUCUUUUCUCUUCUGUUAAGAUAGACUGAUAUCAAUUUUUUUAAAGUUGAAAUAUAGGAGAGAUUGAUGAUUUUGAUCUUGUUAAUUU